ACCUAGAGGCUAUCAAUGGCCCUGAACGCCAUAAUUAUAACACAGCACUGCCCUUGAUCCAUCAUUGUAUCUUGAUACCUUGUUUAUUGAUCUUCAGAACCAUGAAACCGGCUAUGCUUUGCAGAUUGAUCAGUUCCCAUCAUAAUCUUCGUAGAAUAACAAGGCCUUUGCAAUAUCGUUCAUUUCAACCAGAUUUUGUUCCUAGGGAUCCCAAUGCCAAGCCCAAGAAAUACAAGUACCCUCCUUUCUAUGAUCCAUAUGGACCAAGACCUCCACCAUCUGAAAAGAUUAUUCAGCUUGCAGAACAAAUUGCAUCCCUUACACCCGAAGAGCGUAGUCAAAUUGGUCCUGCCCUUAGAGACAGAGUAAUGCUUCUCAAGCUGCAGCCCAUUUCAGUAGAAGGCAUGGACAUAGGUAGCCAAGUUGGGGCAGGCGCUGGAUCUUCAAAGGCCGAGGAUAAAAAGGCAGAGAAAACAACUUUCGAUGUCAAGUUGGAGAAAUUUGAAGCUGCUGCAAAAAUCAAGGUGAUCAAAGAGGUUCGUGCAUUUACAGAUCUGGGACUGAAGGAGGCCAAAGAGUUGGUCGAGAAAGUGCCAGUGAUACUUAAGCAACAACUCACAAAGGAUGAGGCAAAUAGUAUCAUUGAAAAAAUCAAAGCUGCUGGAGGAGUUGCUGUGAUGGAAUAGUGCGUUUUUUCUAGUUUUGUAGGGCAUCUUUCAUGAUUUCAUUAUCAGAAAGUAGGGAUUGCUAAUGUCAAACCAUCAUUCUGUGCCAGAACAUUAUUUUUUGAGAUUGAGCGAAACAAUUAUAUGACACUUAAAUUCUAUGUUUGUAGUCUA